UAUUGUGUGCGGGGCGUGCUUUGCUUUGCUUUGCAUUGGUUUGCUUCGCUCUCCGCGUCCGCAUCCUCACCCCGCAGCCCGUCUGCGUCUGCGUCUCCCGGCUGCGAUCCAUCUAAGGAGCAUAUUUUCAAAAAAAGAUGCUUUUCGUGACUUUCCCGCAACUAGUUGAGUUUUGGAUGUCAACACGAUGUAUUCGCGCGCGGUGGCGGUGCUGCUGCGAUCCAGUUUGAUAGACGCGUGAAUCGAAUGCAAGAAACAACGUGGCCAUCUCUACACGAUACUGUUAAGAAUUAGACUGGACAGUACCUGACUCAAAAAUAUCGAAGAUUUUAUCGUACCCAGUUUCAAAAGUAACAAAACUUAACAGAGUAAGACAUGGAGGAUCUCACACGGGAAGAGGUUAUGGCCUUCAGCAACAUUAACAUAAGCAACAACAACAACAGCAACCACAACACCAACAGCAACAACAACGGCAAAGUGCACAUGUGUUCGAGCACAGCUGCCAAUAAGCUCGAGCAACAACAACAUCUUUCGCACAGUUUGCUGCCAUGCAUCAAACUGGAUCCGGAUCGCGGUUGGCCGGUGACGCCAGUGAAUGAUCAUAUGCGCCUGGACUUGAACAGCAACAAGCUGUUGCUGCAGGGCUCGGACGAUCCACUGAUCUCGCAUGGCGCCAGCAAUGACCCGCACGAUGAAGAUCAGGAUUAUCCGUUCAAGGUACUGUUGGCUCGCAAGACCCUGGAAGAGGAGCAUGCCGUGCAGAAUGGUGCAUGCAGCACGCUCACCAAACAACAACUAAAGGCCAAUUUGAUGAAUGCACGCAAAAUGCAAAGACAGCCCCAGGUGCAGGAGUUGAGCAAAACACCAGCACCAACACAACAACGAGUAGCUCGUCAGAGCAAAUCGAAAAAGCGCUCAACCCCAACGGGAGCAAUCAAACUGCGUUUCCAUCAUCAGGCCCUGCCGGCAGAGUAUGCUGCCCACUAUGAGGCGACACAGAGACGUCACCUGUCCAGCGCACGAACAGUUCCGUCUGUGCCCCCUGUAAAGGCAACGCCCCCACCCCAGAACCAGUCGCACGAGAAUGUACGCAGCUGGCUGAGAAAGAUCGCAGAGAUCCAACGCAGCGCAGAGCGUCAGCAGCAGGCGCAGGAAUCCGGUAAGGCAUCUCAACCGGCGAGAGUGGAGCCCGUAACCGCUGCAAUAACGCCACUGGAGCCAGUAGUUGAGCCAGUAUCCAGCUCCAAACGCAAUGCAAUCAAAUAUGCCGAUCUGCCAUAUAUGGGCGAGAUCACACUGGACAACUACAAGCCACGACGGGGUCGCAAACCGAAAAAGGCGGACAUUUGUCAUCUGAUCUACAAAAACUAUGGCACAAUUAUACCAGCAGCGGAGCAUUUCCCAGUUGUUGAGCCGAAGUGUUCGCCUGCUCCAACUGCAGUAACUGCACCGAUGCCCACACAGCGAGUUGUGUCCAGCAGGGUGUCCACCAUUUUGUCAGAGGAGCCUCUAAAUCUCUGUCUGAGGGAUCGGUCCAGCGAUCGCUAUUCAAUCUCCAGCGGCGAUAGUGACAAACCAUCGACGGUAACUAAUGCAACCACAUCAACGACAGAAUGUGGCAGUUCCUCGCAUCGGGUGACGCCGCUGAUCGUGGAGCAUAUAGCUAUUGGGCCGCCAGAUUUGAAAAUAUCUGCAGAGGAAAAGCCCAGGAUUUCUGCCAAGUUGCUGUUACAACCUGUGGGCUUGUAUUACCAGCAGCUAAUGGAAAAUUGCCGCUUAGGUGUGCCCUUGGAGACAAUCGAAAAAGACAACCAGCUAGCCCUAAAGAUACCCAUACCAAAUGGCUUCUUUGCCACCACCAACACCGCCACCACCAGCUGCAGCAGCACAGCGGACAAGCGUGAGCCACUGGAGCAAUCGAUAGAGACUGCCACUACGAUGCGAAAGCGUAAACGUUCUGCGAUCUACAUACCGCCAAUGCAGGCGGAUCACAGCUCCAGUCCAUCCACUGAGGUCAGCAUUUGCAAGUUUAAGUUUACGGGCGGUGCAAAGCCGACGCUACAGGAAAAGAAGAUGUUGUCGGUGGAUGCGGAGGGAAACUAUCGUUAUUAUAAUGGCACCGGUGACAGGACAAUGCGUGGCUACGAAUUUAUCUCGAGGGAGCAGCAGCAACAACAACAGCAACACCUACACCAACCGCUAAACCCAACAAAUGGCAGCAAUGACAAACUCUACAUAGAUAUACCACCACCCUCGACAGAUCUCAGCCUGGAACUGCUGCACAUACCAUCCGAAUCACCGACAUCGUCUCUGCUCUUAUCCAGCAGCCUAGUGCCAGUCGCGCCGCAAAGUCCGUCUAGUUACUCGAACUCUCAUAGCCCCAUGCAUCCACCAGAAGAUUGCCACAAACGAGCGGAUACUAACGAUCAGCAUAAGUCGAUGGAGAGCCCGAGGCCUGUGACUGUGGCUGCGGUAAAGCGACGAUCGUCACGACGCUCAAAGCAGCGCGAAAAACUGGAAAAGACAUUUAAGGAAAAGGGAUUUCUGAUACAGACGCAGCAACUGCAAUCAGCCGAGGGUGCCACAUACUGUAAGUUCAGGCAGUUGAAGAAGUUUACGCGCUAUCUGUUCCGCAACUGGAAGGAUCACAUACCGGAGAGUGAUCUUUGCAAGCAUCAGGUCAAAGAUAGCGAUGUUCGCAGCCAGCACAGCGUCCUUGAGAAUAUACUUGCCGGACAAAUUGGCUUGGGUGUUGAGAAUUUGGGCUCAGUGUCGACUGCAGCAAACCAGGCCAGCACUUAAGACCGGCCACAUCACGAGCUUUAUUAAGAUUACUCCGAAAGCACUGCCAAAGAUUGAUAGAUUUAAGAAAGGAUUGGUCAAGGAAAGCGAACAAGCUUUGACAAGACAGCAAUCAUCUACAUAUGUUGAUUCCGUCCAAGCUGGCUGUUUUUUUUAUAUAGCUAAUAGCCGUGCCUCUAGUCGUUCAGCAAUUAUAGCAUUGUAAUCAUGUUAUUGUUAACAAUAAACUAAAUAUCUAACAAAAA